UCCCUCUCUCUCUCUCUAUCUCUCUUACUCUCUCCGGUGAACGGUAUAAUCCCCUGCCGUCCCUGCUUCACUCCAAGCCCGUAUUUAAUUCCCUUAAACCCCCAGCUGCCGUUCUGGUUCCUCUGUGAACACGACAGACUGUGAAGCGCUGCCGGUUAUUAAUAAUUCACCAGCCACUGCACGAAUCCAUCCACAGAUCAAGCCGACCGUUCUGCACGGGCCACGCAGGGCUAGCACGUUUAUUCUGGCAUCUACUCUUACUUAUAGGCUACUUAACAUACAUGAAUUAGUGAUUCGAAACGUUAGCGCGUUAUUCGCUCCGGCGACGUAAACAAACAAAAAAAUCUCCAUAUUCCUCUCACGCGCCGUGUAGUCUGCAAUAUCCCGAAAUGACGUCCUCUCCAUAAUAAUUGAUCGUGUAAUCCAUGCACUGAGGAGGAGGAGGAGGUCAUGGAGAUCACCCUGAGGAGGUCUCCAGUGGGAUGGAUGGAGAUCGAGCAUCAGUUCACCCAGAGUCCGUGAGCUGAAACUGCGCAGAAAGUUGCCGCGCGGAACGAUCUCGACUCACGCCGGCAGAGAGACACUCAGAAAGGGGGAGAGAUUGGCACCGGAGAGCUUCGCCCAGCGGAAAGAGCGCUCGUGCCGAACUUGCACGUCGUUUUUUUUAGGGUACCUGUUAAAAGGCACAUUCCUCCGAAAGUUUUCGUGCGCAAAAGUUGGUCAUUUUACGCGAUCAUUUCGGGCCCGUCCCGCAACCCGGUUCUUCUGCUUCCGGUAUCAACGGAGGAAACCGACUCGUUUGCUGUUCCUCUCCCACCACGCUCCUUUUUUUUUUCGGGGCAAACUUUUCUGUUUUUUUCUAAAGGAGUAAAAUGGGUCUUUGAGACUGUUGGCAAUAUUCCCCGCUCCACAAUGGCCACCGAACCGUUUCUGGUGAAUGAAGACCCUUCCAGAGGUCCUGGGAUACCAGAGUGCUUCGUCGUGUCUGAUUCCUACAGGGAUGAAUUUCAUCCCUUCAUCGAGGCUUUGCUGCCACAUGUCCGUGCGUUCUCCUACACCUGGUUCAACCUCCAGGCCCGUAAGCGCAAAUACUUCAAAAAGCACGAGAAGCGCAUGACGAAGGAUGAGGAGCGCGCCGUCAAAGACGAACUCCUGGGCGAGAAGCCCGAGAUCAAGCAGAAGUGGGCGUCCCGUCUGCUCGCCAAGCUCCGCAAAGACAUCCGCCCCGAGUUCCGCGAGGACUUUGUGCUCACCAUCACGGGGAAGAAGCCGCCGUGCUGCGUGCUCUCCAACCCCGACCAGAAGGGCAAGAUCCGCCGCAUCGACUGCCUGCGGCAAGCCGACAAGGUCUGGCGCCUGGACCUGGUGAUGGUUAUCCUGUUCAAGGGAAGCCCGCUGGAGAGCACGGAUGGAGAGAGGCUGGUCAAGUCCCCGCAGUGCUCAAACCACGGCCUCUGCGUGCAGCCGCACCACAUCGGAGUGUCCGUCAAGGAACUGGACCUGUAUCUGGCCUACUUCGUCCACACGCCAGAAUCUGGACAAUCGGAUAACUCCAACCAGCAAGGAGAAGCAGACAUCAAGCCUCCGCCCAAUGGGCACUUAAGUUUCCAGGACUGCUUCGUGACGUCAGGUGUGUGGAACGUGGCAGAGCUGGUCCGUGUGUCACAGACACCAGUUGCCACAGCGACCGGACCCAACUUCUCUCUGGCCGACCUUGACAGUCCAGGAUACUACAACAUUAACCUGGGUCGCCGCUCCAUUACGUCCACGCCAUCAACCAGGACUGAGAUGGAGUUGUAUGCCAGUCUCCCGCGGAGCUCCAACAAGCGUAAAUCUAUUGAUGACAGUGAGAUGGAGAGCCCAGUGGACGAUGUCUUCUACUCGGGUCGUUCUCCUGCCCCGGGAGCGUCUCAGCCCAGCGGCUGGCCCAAUGACGUCGAUGCAGUGCAACACCAUUUGGCCAGUAUGCAGGAGAGGAAGAUAAAACACGAAUCCGAUGGCGUGCAGUUUCCUUACCAUGGACUCUCGUCGCCUGGUUCUCUUAAGAAGUCGGGGAAAUUCGAUUUCAGCGCUCUGUCCGGCCAUACGAGGUCUGCACGCAUGCCGUUCACCCAUCACCCGCUGCCCAUGCUGGCAGGUGUAAGACCAGCAGGAAGUCCCCGCGCCUCUGCUUCCUCCCUGCACUUCCCCUCACCCUCCCUCAUCCAGCAGUCCAGCCCGUACUUCACCCAUCCCACCAUCCGAUACCACCACCACCCGGGACAGGACCCGCUCAAGGAGUUUGUGCAGUUUGUGUGCGCCGAUGGAUCUGGACAGGCUAGCGGUCAGCCGAACGGAAGCGGCCAGAGCAAAAUGCCGGGCUCCUUCUUACUGCCUCCACCCCCCCCUGUGGCGCGUCCAGUGCCCCUCCCAAUGCCAGACUCUAAACCCAGCAGCACACCCCCCGAUGGUGGACUCACCUCACCCACAUCUCCGUCAUACUCCACGCCAGGCUCCACAGCUCCCAACAGGUUUGUCAGCAUCGGAUCACGGGACAACAACUUUCUGAACAUCCCCCAGCAGACGCAGUCAUGGUUCCUUUGACGAGGUCCUGCCUGCAACCUGUCGACACAAUUUGAAAGUUUUCUUUUUUGACAAAAAAAAAAUCCUGUUUGAAAAUUCCCUCCCACCCGAAACGCACCCUACGAGACGUGAGCAGAAUAUGAUUGGGAAACGUUCGAGCAUGUAUUUGCCAACCGUCAGACGCCCUUCAAACCCACAUGAGCAGCUCCGCUAAAGACUGUCAGAUCACCGGCGGAGGAAACAGACGGACUGACACACACAAACUACAGUAUCUGAUCUACAGAGACACUAAAUCAUACUAGCAACAAGGAUGUAGUGUACAAUGGCCGGGAUUUUCAACAGUUUCAGUGGUGAGGAUUCAGACACAACAAACAUGCAAGAUUUGUACUCGAUCCCUUAUAUUUUGUUUGUAAUCAAAACACUUAAACGUGCUGACAUUCAGCAAACAGGCGACACUAAAAUUCACUAGACGUUUCACAUUUAUAGCGGGUGAAACGUCUGUUUAAUGUUCCCUUCUUCAGUCAAUUCAUAAACUAACUACGAAAAGCAGGAGUAUUGCACUACAAAUAUGAGAAGAACACUAGAUUGACGUGCACUAUUGAUCGACGGCGGACAUUAUUUGCACAUUAGAUUGCGGAGAAAAAUGAACACACGCUACAAACUACCCAGAGAUGCUUCUGAAAGGACGUCCUCAUUUUUAGGCCUUGAACAAAAAUGUUUUGUCAUUUCAGGCCCUUAGCCAACUAGAUUUUUUUAGCACUCCUGUAGGACAGACAACGCACACAUUUAAGGCACAUUUGUGAGAUUUUGUGGCUGUUAAAGGACCUCUGUUUGCUGGUAAUAGUGCAGUGAUACACUAAAUCAACCAAAUUCACUGAGCAACAGUCAGUUUGUGUUACUUUGAAUGGGAUAUAUGCACAGCUAGUGUUAAUCAUCUAAUGAUAAACUUCUCGUGAAAGUCUAAUGUGACUUUUCAUAAGGUUUCUUUUACAGCAUCGAUGUUGUAAUGUAAUUAAAAUACACUCAGUUAAAUAGACUGAAGCAUUGAUUUAGUCAAGCGUAAAACGAUUUAAAAGAUUGUCAGGAGCAGCUGGCGAGUGCAAAAACUCUAUUGAAAAUACUGGGGUAAAAUAAAUGACAUGGCAGGGGGAAAUGGAUUUUAAUGCAGUGCUUCUUGUAUGGUUUAAGACCCACUUUAUAUCGUACAGCAAUCAGGCAGUAAAAAAACACUCAUUUUUAAAGAAAUCAGACCUUAAACGUGACGAUUUUAUAAUGGAAAGACUGUUCACCGGAAGCGCUGAGGCUGGCUGCCUGAAAUGAAAUGUCUGUGUGCAUAUACCCCUUUGAUGUGAACUCUACUGAAGGUUUUGCUCAAACUGGAUUCUAUUAAAACAGAAACGAUUUCACUCACUACUUCCGUCAAUCAUCUGUACACAAUAUAUACAAAAGUAAAACAGUAGCAAAGUCUGCACUUAUAACAAUGUUCUCACUGGGGGGAAAAAUCCAGGGUAGGGUUGCACCAGCUGUUCGUUCUUUAACUGGAACGUUAAGUUCACACUAUGGGCUUAGUAACUACCAUAAAGUUUGUAACUAAAUUUGUUCUUACUUCGGUUGCACCACAAGUUCUUACGGGAAACCAUAGUUAGCAGGUCGUAAGCUCUCCGUACAGUCGUAUUUAAUGACGUAAUAUCCAAUAAAAAGUAUUUAAAUCGUUAAACAUAGCGUUACGUUUAAACGUAAAUGUUCAGUGGUGCAACACAAAAAUAUUUAAUAGUUAGUUGUAACUUAGUGUCUCUUUAAGUCACAACUAGGCUACGUUUUAACUUUUUCAGCCGAAUUGAUAAACGAUAAAAACAAUGACAGCCAAUCAGAGUCCUUCACUUGUUGAACUGGAUAUUCAGUGCGCUCUUACAGUGUAACAAAUAAAACAUUAUUAUGCAUUAACUUGUGAACACCUAAAGGUUGAUUUAUACUUCUGCGUUUGUUUUUUCUGAACACUACAAGUAGCUAAAACCUGCUAAUUCAAACGCAGGAAAAGGCGGACGUGCAACACAAAAAAAGAUUUCCUUCACGGAACUCCACACUUGUAAACACUCACUCCGUUGCUCUCAACUCCGUCUACGCAUGUCACUGGUAGCAAGCUGACCAAUCACAGAGCUUGCGCUAUGUGUCGUUGCGACGUGUAGUUACAUUUUUUGAGAGGUCAGCAUCGGCGUCAGCCUUGGCGAGGGCUAUGCCAUCGUGCGAAGGCUGCGCUGAGGCAUAUGCAUGCAUUUGACGCAGAAGUAUAAAUCAGCCUUCAGUUAUUAUCAAUAUUAGUGUGAAUGAGCCUUAAAUGUGACCGCUACAAUUCUCUAAUUAUUAUUUAAUUAAAGCCAUAUGCUUGAAAAAAAAUAUGUUUUUCAAUUAAAGUAGAAAUGUUCUUGUGAGAGCAUAUUAGUAGCUGAUUACUUAGUCGCAACUAGUCAUUCCGUUAUUUAGAAUGUUUUUGUAUCGAGGCUAAAAGUCCCCGGUUGGUUAGCGCUAAUAAAGACGGCCAUAGAGACACGCCCACUUCUGAAUUUUGUUUACACUCCCAGAAGUCCGUGUUCCAAGAACAUGUGACAUCACUGCGGAGCAAAAGAAUGCCUGACAUAUCAGAGGGAAGUGGGUCACUCGGAGUCGAGUUUACUAGGUUUCACUCCAUUUCAGAAUGGCUGUCUUAAAUAAUAAGUAUGUGCAAACACACACACACACACACACACACACACACACUGUCCUCCGCAGAGAUUGAUUACAAAGGGAAGCCUCCAUUAAACAAACCUUUAGCUGUAAUCGAUAACCUCACAAAAUAACUGGACUGCCUGACCAUGAAUCUCACUGCAGGGAAGCAUUGUUGCCGGACGGCGGCCGUGUCAUCGCUUUUUGCUAGAAAACCCACCCGAGAAUCGUGAUGGCAAUGGUCUUUUCUUUUCUAAUCAAAGGAAGUGCCUCUGUAUUCCCAUUAUGCAAUUUGUUAAACAUGAAUUCAGGUUAUUUUCUUGCAUAUAAGCUAUAGAGGAGCGUGAAAUUUUUAUGAGAAGAAGAAAAAAAAAAAAAAACAAGCGUCAGCUCACUAGUUACAAACAUCUUUAUAUAUACAGGAUAUAUCCAUAUAUAUUUAUAUAUACAUGUUUUUUUUUUUUAUUUGCCUAAUAAGCUCAGUGGCAGUCUAGUUAUUUUUUGAAGUAUGGCGAGUUAUCAUCAAUCCGUUCAGAAGUACCAGUCCCCGGUUCUGCACUUAAUCAUAAUAAUAAUAAUAAUAAUUAGAGUGGAAAAUAAACUGGCGGAAAUCAGAUUUCCGCUAAAAACGUACAGCAUAGCGUAGAGUUAAAAAAAAAAUAAUGCACGGCUUUUGAUUUUUCUAUUGUGUUUGGACAGGAAGUAUUUGUUAUUGCAAAAUAAAGUGUGUUGAUUGAGCCAUGUGCAAUGCCUUGGGUAGAAACUGUGUUUGUCUGAUUGUUAGGGUGUACAGGAAAGCGUAGAGGUGAAAAAUCCUUCUAUUAUAGUAAAGUCCACACCGUCCGGGACUCUAAACUACAGGGCGGACAGAGCGAGCGAGAGACAGAGAGAGGAAACGCUCUUUGUAAGUUUUGGGAAUUUGUUUUUUGUAAUCUUUCCUUUUUUUCUGCUUUUUUUAAUCGUUUAUUUGUAAUGAUUUGUUCUCAAAACUUAGGAGGGCUGAUGAAACUGUUUUUGUGACAUGUCAGAAUAUAUCACUAAAUGAAACAGGUGCUUUUUAUGGAUUAUUAUACAUAAGAUGACAAAAAAAAAUAAGUGUUAGCAAAUUUUAGGGGGAAAAAAGCGUUCUCUUUUUCUUUUUGUAUUUGCUAAAGAGGGAAGGGGGUUCAUAGUGGUCAAGGUUGUGACAAAAGGCAUUUUUCUUCCAACCUUUUCUCAAGGAAUGUUGACUGACAGCAAGAUUUUAACCGGAUUUUUUAUGCUAUGCAUUCCAGUUUUUAGGACUUACAUGCUUUGAAGCUGCUGUCUUAGAACGUAAAGUUUCAUCGAAAAAACUUUGCAGGCUUUUUUGUAUGUUCAAAUUGUUUCACUGAUACAUGACAAGAUCUUCCCUGUUCAUGGGAGAGGCUUUAACACAGCUCGUAUAAUCUAAAAUGCCCUGUGUAAGCUACAAACUAAGUGGUGUCUAUGUAUUAUAUACACACUUUUUAAUUUAUGCCAAGUUCAGACUGCAUGAUUUGACCCGCCGACAAGUUUUGAAAAAUCCUAGACAAAUCACAGGCUAAUCAGUGCUUGUUCAUGUGAGUAAUAAUAUCUACCUAUUUCCAUCCACCUAUUUGUAUGCGCAAUUUGCAUAUGCACAUAAAAAAAAAAGAAUACAGUUGACUGAAACGCCAAGAUGCUCAUCAAUUUAAAAAAAUGCACCUUAAAAACUUAUGCGCAUAAUUGAGUGGGAUAAACUUUUCAUUUGAUAAAAAAAAUGUGCAUAAACUAUGACAGAAACACUUUCACCAAACAAAUUCCAGUAUGCGCAUUAAAAAAAGGUCAUGUGACUUUGUUAUAAGAGAUCACGUGAUGAUUAAAAUGUGGGUGAAUGGACAAAUCAGCAGGCUGAGCACACUGUACAAUAUCUCAAUUGUUGUUUCGGUCAUUCUUAAAUGCUUCAACCACUUCAGUAUGAGUGUUAUUAUAUUAUUAAUUACCUCCAGAACUGACAAGAGCAUCUGUGCUCCACGUCUCACGCCUUCUAACGCCACUACGUGUUCAUUACGUGUGGGCAUUGUUUUCUGAGGCGCAAGUCAUUUAUUAAAUGAAGAAAUGAUUGAUGCAGCUUCUCCUACCGCAGCAAAUUUCGUCUUUACUGUUGGUAUUUGCUACCCGUUAAUCAGGAAGUAAAGAUUUUGUUCUCUUUGAAUCAUUGGAUGGAAACGCUGCUUUAUUUGCACAUCUUUUAUGUGAUAAUCCAUUUUCGCGCAUACAUUUAAUUCGCAUCUUUAAUGGGAAACAUAGCUAAUCACACAGUGUGAACUGUCAAAUACGCGAUCAGAGAAUCGCCAAUAAGUCGCCGACACACCUCAGACACUUAGCAUUCUAAACAUCUGGAGCUGUCGAUACAAAAUCAUGCCCUGUGAAAAGUGAUCCAAUUGUGGUAGAAGUUAAAAUGGCUUCUUUUUGGCCCAAGAAAUGAAGGUAGCACUAGUGUUAAUUUGGCAGGAGCACCAGUCUCUGUUAUGUCGAAAACCAAAAAAAGGUGAGAAGAAAUAAUUCCCAAAUGCCCUUUAAAAGCCAGGGCUGCAAAACAAGUAAUUUUUUUAUCCCACUAAAGGCUUCUUUCUCAUUGUGUAGGCUAGUUAAUUUAGGCUACUACAUGACCUUGUGUUGUUUCCAUGUCACUUCUCACAUGUGUUUGGUUGUGAGACAUAGUUUGUGGACCGAGACAAAGUUGUUGGCGAUUCUUCCGAUUGUAAAGUCAUGCAUUUUGAAACUCCCUGUCGCCAAUCCAUCUUACAGUGUAAACACAGCAGCGACGAAACGCUAGUCAUGCGGUGUGAAAACAUCUGUAACGCUACUAUGAAAAUCGUGCAGUCUGACAUUUAGAAUGAUCGAUUUACAAAACAGCAUCCCUGUUUAUGCUUUAUACAAAAUUACAUUCUUUCCACGCUCAAAGUGACCAAUCAGAGAGAAGGAGAGAGAGAGAGUUGAACCCCUUCCCCUCUGACCCUACAGCGCCCUCUACCGGCCCUCCUUGUAAAUGACUCUAAAUAUUUGUUUUGUGAUCUAGUGUUAGACUCAGAGCAUCAUAAAGGUUGUCCCUAAAAAGUGCCUUUUGUUCACAGACACCAUCUUGUAAUCCUGAGUGCCCAUCUCAAAAAAAAACUACAAAAAAGAAAAAAAAAAGAAAAGAAAAAAAAAAGUCCCCUCCUUCAAACUUCUGUAUUUCUCCUUAUCAAAGCAGUAUAUAUAGUACUAAAGGAAAUCGGUGUGACUUAGUUCCUCUUUUUAUUGUUGGAUAAUUAAGAAAACUGUACAAAAAGAACAAAAAAAUGAUGAUAAUAUCUGUCUUGCUUUUUUCUUCCUCUGUAAUCUUGUCUUCUGCCUCUUUUGGACACUGGAGUAGUCUAUAGUUGCAUAACCAUCGCCUUUUCCCUGCGCCCCUUUUCUCUGAACGGAGGGGUUUUAAAAUAAAAAAAAAAAUGUUGUCUGAGCAGAAUGCAGUUAGCUCACAUGUUAUUCUUGUCUGUAAGCUUCACGUUGUAUUCAUACCGAUCUCUUCAGCUUCUCCAUUGAACAGUUAAUGUACGUGAACAAGUUACGCUGGUGAGCUCUGGUGGGACGUCCGACCGACGGGUGCUUUUCUGUUUGUUUGAUUUUUUAAAAAGAUGGACGAGGUUACGAAAACGAGGCUGACCGCUGGGGUAGAAUAGGGUUGUUUUAAUCUAUUUAUUUCUUUUUUUUUUUUUGAUUGUUACCAAAUCCAGUUGAUUUGCUAUAAUCUGUAUGUAUUAAGAAUCUGUAUUGAUGAUGCACCUUUCGAAUGGUUGUAAGUGACCAGAUAUUUAAUUUAAAGCGGAAAAAAAUACACAAAAAAGUAAACAAAGCACCUUAAAAACGGAGUGGUUUCAGCCCAGGGAAAGCGACAGUUUCAAAAUGAUCAUUUAUUUUUUUCCUUUUCAACCAAAGUGAUUAAAAAAAAAAAAAAAAAAAAAAAAAGAGCGAGAAUUAAAUUAAACUUCUCACCAGCAAAAGCCGACUUGUGCUUAUUAACAACUCGCUUCCUCCCACAAACUAAUUAUGCAAUCGUUUCACUUUGUGAGUCGGCUGUGAUUUACUAAUAAGUGAAAGCCAUAGUGAUGGACAUGCGUUUGAAGCUCUCGUUGUCCCUCCCUGGUACUGGCCGUCCAUUUUCUUUCUUUGCUAUUUAGUUUUGUACUGUUUAAACUGAGCGGAUGCUUUAGCGUAGCGCGAGACCUCGGUUUGAAGGCCUCGAGCGGCGCCCUUCGGUCCACACUCCUUCCAGAGCUCAUGGUGAAAUGCAUGUGUUGAUUACGAUUUCUUUUCCAUAAUAAGAAAAACAAGAAAGAGCAGCACCUUUAACUGAUUGAAUAAAAGGAUGUUCUUGACUGUAA